ACAUAAACAAAAGAGCGACCAAAACAAUGUAUAUUAAAUUUGUUAUUAUGACGUUUUAACGUUUGAUCGAUGUAGGUAAUUCCCCCAAAAGAAUAUCUCGAAAUUAAGCCCGUUUGGCGUUUACCCAUAUUUACACCUUAAAACGAUGUAAUGUUUCAUUUGGAUGUCUAAAUUAUGUACUUAAAUUCGUCUAUGAUCAAACAAAUUCCGAAGUAAUCAUAUAUUUAGUGAAAGUUCUAAUUAUUGUUUCGUCGCACAAACCUAGGCUUCAAAGUUACAAUUGAGCUACUUCUACAUUUCGGUUUGUGGAACACAGUUGCUGUGUAGUAGUUACGAAAGUGUAAACAUUAGGACCAGGAAGUGCAUGAUCGCUCUGUGAACUUAAAAACAAAUAUACUAAACAUUUGAAAGCAACCAUGUCAUCAGAAGACACGACUGAGACGCCAAUAAACGACGGCGAGGCAAGAAAUGUACUGCCUGCAAUAGACACAACAGCAAUAUACGAUGUUGGAUUCGAUUCUCAAAAUUCCGACGCCGAAGAUUCGCUACUGACCGCCGAUCGUGUAAAGAAAUCUCACAGCACUAAUUCUUUGAAUCAAAGCGCAAGUGAUGACGCAUCGUUUUCCUCUACUUUGUCAGUUUCUAUGAUUGGAGAACCCACCGAAGAAGAAAUCUCAAUCCGACAACGUCAUCUCAGUCUUCUUGUUGCUGAGGAAGAGGAGUACAUCAACUCAUCCUCAUGGAGGGAUCAGAAGAGACAUUUCUUUGUUCUCACCGAGGCGGGAAAGCCAGUGUAUUCAAGGCAUGGCAGUGAAGAUAAACUCUCAUCAGUAAUGGGUGUAAUGCUUGCACUUGUGUCCUGUGUACAUGAUCGUAACGAUAAAAUAAGGAGUAUAACAGCUGGCGAUCACAAAUUUGUUUUUCUGAUAAAAAUUCCAUUGAUUCUGGUAGCAGUUUGUUCUACACCUGAAUCUAUAACACAGAUCACAGUUUACCUGAAAUACAUUUACAACAAAAUUGUCAGCAUUGUGACCCUCAAACAACUGGACAGAAUUUAUGCAAAACAAAAGAAUUUUGAUUUGCGACGACUUCUAACAGGCACAGAUAAGUUCCUGGAUCAUCUUUGUACCUCCAUGGACACUGGACCAGAGUAUCUUCUUGGAGCAUUUCAGUGUCUUCCUCUGGCUGGUAACAUCCGAGAUUUAGUCAGUCAAGCGUUACAGCUUUCCAAGACGAAUGACCUCGCAUUUGCCUUGCUUUUAACAUCUGGAAAAACUGUGAGCUAUUGUCGAUUAAAAGAACACAACCUCCACUCAUCUGAUCUUCAAAUCCUCAUCAAUCUGAUCACUGCCUCUUCCUCUUUCCAUGCAGGAGAGAGCUGGCUCCCAAUAUGUCUUCCUCAUUUUAACCCACAAGGAUUCCUUCAUGCGCAUAUUUCAUAUUUGGACGAUGAUUUUCAAACCUGUCUUCUCCUGCUGUCAGCUGAUGUAAAUUCGUUCUUUACAUUAUCCGAAGCAAAGAAAAGGGUUAUGGUCAAACUAAACAAGCAUGACUGCCUACCCAUAUUGAAGCUUGCAUCUGAAAAAGGAAUGUACAAUGUUGGCAAGAUUGGCUUGCCAGAUUUGAGGCACUUUAUUUAUAAAUCAAAACAUCAAUCUCAGUUCACUGCACCAGAGUUUUCGAGUCCAUAUCAUGACGUACACCAGCAAGAACGUUUGUUUGGUUUGUACCAACAUUUGCAUGGGAAGAUCCACAACCCAGCAAUACCACUUAAACUACUAUUCGAAGUAUCAGAUGAAGAAACAAUGCUGGCUUGGGUUGCAUCAGGUUUUGAGUUAUACGUUGCAUUCAGUCCACUUGUAACCAAAGGUCAGGCAAUAUCUUCAGUCGAUCGUUUGCUGCGGUGGAUUAAACAACGAGAAGAUGAACUUUUCAUGAUUCGACCGCUAGUGUUUUAACCGGAUCGAACUGGAUCUUGCAAGUUGUCACCGCUUGUGUUUUAACCGGAUCAAACUGGUUCUGGCAGGUUGCAACGGCUUGUGUUUUAACCAGAUCAAACGGACUUUGACAAGUUACCACUGCUUCGUAUUAAACCAGAUUGAACUGGUUUUGGCAAGUCCAAUAUGAGAGGUAAAAUGCUGACACAAUAUUAAAUUUUCCAUUGAAUGCACUUACAUACACCCCUUGGCAUUUACAUGCUACUUUGCUUGUUUCUUCAGAGAAUAAAUAAAACUAUACAACGAA